UUCUUCCAUCGUGAAGGCAUCGCCUUGUGCUUAACUGUUUCAAUAGCAGCAACUUCAUAGCAGUGUAUGUUGUGUACACGUGAUAGCGAACUAACCUCAAAUCAAAGGAAACAUCAUGGGUCGUCAUAAAAAGGGUCGGUGCGUAAAGAAAAAUAAACAGUUGAACGUGGAUGAAAAUCCAGAUGUAGUGAAGGCACCACAUUCAUUCGUUAUACAUCGUGGAUUACCUGGAGAGCACAUAGUCGAACUCACUAGAGACUUUCGUAAAAUCAUGGAACCGUAUACGGCAACGUCUUUAAAAGAAAGGAAACGAAAUACGAUUAAAGAUUUUGUAUCCGUUGCCGGUGUGUUUCAUAUUUCGCAUAUGUGUAUGUUCACAAGGACAGAUCAAGGAAUGUACUUUAAACUUUGCAGGGUACCAAGAGGACCAACGCUUUCCUUUAAAGUGCAUAGUUUUUCCUUAGCACGUGACGUAGUUUCUUUGUUAAAGAAGCAGAUGGUAUACGAGGAACUAUAUAAAAAUUCUCCAUUAGUAGUAUUGAAUAACUUUAGUGGAGAGGGCAUGCAAUUAAAGCUCAUUUCAUCCAUGUUCCAAAAUAUGUUCCCCACCAUAAAUUUAACUUCUGUAAAUUUAAGUACAAUUCGCCGAUGUCUUUGUUUAAAUUAUAAUUCAACAUCGAAAACGAUCGAUCUCAGGCAUUACGCUAUUAAAGUUGUGCCCGUUGGCUUGUCAAAGGGUGUCAAAAAAUUAGUUCAAGCUAAGAUACCGAAUUUAUCUAAAUGUGAUGAUUUUUCGGAGUUCUUGACAAAAGGAACUGUUUCCGAAAGCGAGGCCGAGGAUGAUCCUGCGAGCCAUGUUACGUUACCACAAAAACUGUCCUCGCGUGGUAAUCAUGCGAGUAAUCAAAGUGCAAUUAGACUUUCCGAAUUAGGCCCUAGAUUAACGCUAGAGUUAAUUAAAGUUGAGGAUGGACUUUUGGAUGGCGAGGUACUUUUCCACGAGUAUAUUCACAAAACGGAAGAGGAACAAUUGCUAAUCAAGAAAAAACGCGAAGAGAAGAAGAAAUUAAAGGAGAAACGGAAAAAGAUACAAGAACAGAACAAGCAAAAGAAAGAAAUACUGAAGGAACAACACAAAGAAAAAUCAUUGAAGGGAAUGCGAAAGAAGACGGAAAAUGAAACGUUAUUGAAGAAAUACGCAAAGGAAUCUGCUGAAAAGAGUACAGUAGAAGAGGACGACGAUGCGCAAUAUUAUCGCGACGAAGUGGGAGAAGAACCCGAUAAAGAACUUUUUGAAAAUAAACCUAACGGAAAGAGGACUAAAAGUUAUCCUCCCAAAUACAAGGUAAAGAAACAAAAACUUCGGGAAUAGCGUGAUACCGAGAAAACGUUAUAAACGUUAAUCGUAUAAAACAUUAUUGUACAUAUGCUACAUAAAAUAUUUUUUAAUAAAAACAAUUUUUUUAGAAGAA